AUGUCCAACGAAGCAUUAUGUGGUUCUCCAAGAUUCCGUGUUCCGCCAUGCCGUACUAGUACUUCAAAGCAUAGAUCCAAGAAGAAAAAAGUACUUGUCCUACUUCUAUUGGCCGGAAUUGCAAUAGUUAUAUUAGUUCCUACCAUCUUUGUGAUGGUAUGGAUAAGGUAUAUAAGAGGUAAAAGAACUGAUCCUCAACAAACAGCUGGUUCAUCCUAUGACGUCUCAACAAGAGGACGAAUUUCAUACUACGAAUUGCUCCAAGCAACUGAUUCGCUCAACGAGAGCAAUUUGAUUGGUUCUGGGAGUUUCGGCUCUGUUUACAAAGGCAUCCUCAGAUAUGGGACUCCUAUUGCAGCUAAAGUGUUCAAUCUGCAAUUGCAAGCAGCAUUUAGGAGUUUUGAUACAGAAUGCCAAGUUUUGCGCAACAUUCUCCAUAGGAAUCUCACCAAAGUCAUGUUCCAACCAUGA